AUGGCCGGCAAAGCUAGGGUGUUCAUGUGCGUGGCGCUCGUCGUCCUCCUGCUCCUUGUCGAGACCACCGCCCCGAGUGGACAAGCUCACGCCGUCGAUUGCGGCGGCGCGUGCUCGUACCGGUGCAGCAAGUCGAGUCGACCGAAUCUGUGCAACAGGGCGUGCAACACGUGCUGCCGGCGAUGCAACUGCGUGCCGCCCGGCACCGCCGGCAACAAGGACGUCUGCCCCUGCUACGCCCACAUGACCACGCACGACGGCCGCCACAAGUGCCCAUGA